GCUCCGUUUGCUGGUGGCCAAGCGGACGGCCUUUCUUUGUGGCAAAACCUUCCAAUCAACUCCGAGAUCCACCCUCUCAAGGCCUUUGCUGUUACGAUUCUCUCAAUUGUAGGGCAUGCAGGUGAAGUAGAACGCACAUUUUCUGAUCUCGGCACAACACAAUCUGCACGACGGUGUAAUCUUCAGUUGAAACAU